GAGGCUUCCAAGGAGAUUAGAGAGGUUGCCAUUUCAAUCUUUGAAAAGAUGCACGCGCAAGAGAUGUUAAGGAACCUGCGACUUCCAGAGUUCGAAGACUUCAGCCAGUUCUUCCGAAGUUUGCCAGCCACCGCCUUGGUCGGGGUGGGUGCCUUUGCAGUCGUCGUGGCAUACUGGCUGGCCAGCCGGCCCAAAGCAGUGAAACCCCCGUGUGACCUCUUGAUCCAGUCAGAGGAAGUCGAGAGCUGGGAUGGUGCCCGGAGAUCUGUAAUUGGUGACCGCUCACAAUUGCUAACUCACUACUAUGAUGAUGCAAGGACCAUGUAUGAGGUUUUCAGAAGGGGUUUCAACAUAUCUGAAAAUGGUCCCUGCUUAGGAUUCAGAAAACCCAAACAACCCUACCAGUGGCUGUCCUAUAAGGAGGUUGCUGAAAGAGCGGAAGCUUUGGGCUCAGGCUUACUCCAAAAAGGAUGCAAGCUGUCAACAAGUCAAUUUAUUGGUGUCUUUGCACAAAAUCGACCAGAGUGGAUCAUUUCUGAACUGGCUUGCUAUACCUAUUCCAUGGUUGUGGUUCCCUUGUAUGAUACAUUAGGCCCUGGAGCCAUUCGUUACAUUAUCAACACAGCUGAUAUUUCUAUAGUAGUUUGUGACAAGCCUGAAAAAGCCAGAGUCCUGUUAGAGCAUGUAGAGAAAAAAGAAACUCCAGGCUUGAAAUCUAUUAUUUUGAUGGACCCUUUUGAGAAAGACCUUAAAGAAAGAGGACAAAAGUGUGGCGUUUAUAUCCAAACUAUGCAGGAAGUGGAGGACUGUGGUCGGGAAUGCUGGCAUGCCCCUGUGCCUCCCAGACCAGAAGAUCUAUCUAUUGUCUGUUUUACUAGUGGCACAACAGGUAACCCUAAAGGUGCUAUGCUGACACAUGGGAAUGUGGUUGCUGAUUUUUCAGGUUUUUUGAAAGUGACAGAGAAAGUGAUAUUUCCGAAACAGGACGAUGUGCUCAUCUCCUUCCUGCCUUUGGCUCACAUGUUUGAAAGAGUGAUACAGUCUGUAGUGUAUUGCCAUGGGGGCCGAAUUGGGUUCUUCCAAGGGGACAUUCGCCUGUUAUCUGAUGAUAUGAAAGCUCUCCGUCCAACCAUCUUUCCUGUUGUGCCAAGACUGCUGAAUAGGAUGUAUGACAAGGUUUUCAGCCAAGCAGACACCCCUGUGAAGCGCUGGCUUCUGGAAUUCGCUGCCAAGCGUAAAAAGGCGGAAGUUCAAAGUGGGAUCAUAAGAAAUGACAGUUUGUGGGAUAGGUUAUUCUUUAACAAAAUACAGGCAAGCCUCGGAGGCUGUGUUAGGAUGAUUGUCACGGGAGCUGCUCCUGCCUCCCCCACUGUCCUGGGCUUCCUCCGAGCAGCCCUGGGAUGCCAGGUUUAUGAAGGCUAUGGUCAAACAGAGUGUACAGCUGGCUGUACCUUCACUACUCCAGGAGACUGGACGUCAGGUCAUGUAGGAGCACCUUUGCCCUGUAAUUUAAUUAAGUUGGUGGAUGUUCAAGAGCUGAAUUAUUUUUCUUCCAAAGGAGAAGGAGAGAUCUGUGUGAAAGGUCCAAAUGUUUUCAAGGGCUACCUGAAAGACGAAGAAAGAACCGCUGAAGCACUGGACAAGGAUGGAUGGCUUCAUACAGGGGAUGUUGGAAAGUGGUUGCCAAAUGGUACUCUAAAAAUCAUCGAUCGAAAGAAGCAUAUAUUUAAAUUGGCUCAGGGAGAAUAUAUUGCACCAGAAAAAAUUGAGAAUAUCUACAUCCGCAGUGAGCCUGUCUCUCAGAUUUAUGUGCAUGGAGAUAGCUUACAGGCCUUCUUGGUAGGGAUUGUUGUACCGGAUACUGAAGUCAUGCCAGGCUGGGCCAAGAAAAAGGGCUUUGAUGGAACUUUCGCCGAGCUUUGUAAAAAUGUGGAGCUGAAAAAAGCAAUAAUGGAAGAUAUGGUGCAGUUAGGAAAAGAGAGUGGACUUCAUUCCUUUGAACAGGUUAAAGGUAUUUACAUCCACUCUGAAAUGUUCUCUGUACAAAAUGGCUUGUUGACGCCUACACUAAAAGCUAAGAGACCAGAGCUGAGAGAAUACUUCAAAAAGCAGAUAGAAGAGCUUUAUUCAAGCAUCUCCAUCUGACAGCACAGGAAAGUUCUUCAGAAUAAUGUACUCUGUAGCAAUAUUAGGAUAAUACUGAAGAGUGAAAAGGAUGCCAUUGAAAUGAAUAAGUAUCUGACCUCCCAUGUGAGCCUUCCGCUCUCUGAAGAUACAGUCACUGAUUCUUUGUCCCUCUAGUUCUAGUUCUUGCUGUAAUGAAUGCUCUAGAACAGGAGUGCAGAACAUGUCAUACUCCAGAUGUUGCUGGACUACAGCUCCCAUCAGCCUUAGCCAGCACAGCCAAUAGUGAGAAGUUGUGGCAGUUGCAGUCCAGUGACAAAUGAAGGGCCACACAUUCCCUCUCCCUGCCUUAGAAGAUUGCUUAAAACAAAACUGGACAACCAUUAAGCUGUUUUAAGUUCUACUCCUUCCAGAAACAAAUUGUUUUUACCUUACCAAUUCCUUACCAACACAAAGUGGCUUAGAUCUACCUAUUUUGCAUGACUGUCCUCUAAUCUUACUGAAUCUUGUUUCAGUAACCAAUCUUAGUAGGGUUACCAAGGUAUUUCUCUAGAUGGAGACUCUUAAGUACUCUGUAGCAGCAAGAAGUUCUUGCCCUGAUUGACAGGAUAUACCUCCUGUACACACCUUCCUUAGUAGGACACAGCCUCCUUUUCUGGUUGCUGUUGUGUGCAAACAUAGCCAAGAACUCUUGACUUCAACCAAGCUCUUAAAAGUACUAGAGUCCUGCUUAGGGAGGUACCUGACAAAGACUAGUGGUCUACCUCAAAUGAUCUCUGAUGGUCAAAGCCACAAAUAAAUUGGUUUCUUUGAUCUAGAACUUAGAACUGGAAUUGCUCGAUUGUUCUUUAAAUCUUUCUCUUUGUGUGUGUAAGACAGACAAAAUAUACCCUGAAUGUAUUUGUGUAAUUAAUUUGCACAAGAACAGAAGUAAGAAUUACUAGUGGCACGUGGUAGAUGAAAAGUAACCUCUAAUUGUCAGCAAUGCUGUGGGCCUUGAAAUUCUUUGUAUUUCUUGUGUCUAUAAUGACAAGCACUUUCUUAAGGGCCAUGUUGAAGGUUUCUAAAACGUGAAAUAUACUGUAGAUCAGGGAUGGGCAAGGUCCGUGGGCUGUACUUUUUAAGGAAUUUUAUCGCCUUUUGUUUGGGGUGCUACAAACAAAAGAAACUUAGGAAACAGGAAGAUAGUUGGAAUAAAUAAUAUUGCAUAGUUUUGCUGCUUCCACUCUCCGCACUGUGUGCCCUAAGUAUUUCAUUCUGGCAGAUUAGCUAAACCAUGGAGGCUUUGAGUCCCAGCUUUCCCUUGGUGCCACUAUCUAGUGAACUUCAGGACUCAGUAUUCAGCAGGCUUCAAAUAGCUGAAAGACUCUGCCCAGCCUCAACAUACAGCAGAUUAGCUGAAUACAGCAUCACAUCUUAAGGCGUUUGAGGCUGGAAUGAAGCAUCUUUCUCUUCAGAACUGGCAUCAACUGCUUUUCCUCCCAUAACUGGCUUGUUCUCACCACCAGACCUGUGUCUCGUCCAAAUCACAGUUUCUUACCCCUUCCAAUCAUCAUCUGCCUCCUUUCAGUAAAUCACACCAAGCACUUUCCACCCUUGAUAGCUAUUUUGCAAAGGUUAACUUAGCUGAAUGAACGAUGCAAAGGCAAAAAAGAGGCUUUCCCUACAUCUUAAGGCUUCGUUUUUGUCUGCAGCAUCAGGGCACAUCUGCCUAAAUGUUCAUGGUUUUAGCAGGGAAACUUAGUACUCACUGCAAAGAACCUGCCUGCAUCUUCAUGUGGUGAAGCCUUCUCAAACCUGCUGCCCACCAGAUGUUUUAAACUUCAAUGCCUAUCUAGCAGUGUCAGUAGUCAAAAACAUCUGGAUGGCUUUAGAUUAACGAAGACUGAGGUAAUAUAGUUAUUGCCAGUUCUGAAAUAGUUUGAAUCAAGGCUUAUGAGUGGUAUUGCCACAACUGUAUGAGCCUUGCCAUAGAACUAAAUCCUCUGAUAGAAGGUUAUGCCUUCUCUGAAAGCAUCCGUGCGCAGCAACUUGCACAGAAAUAGUUUGUGAUCAUGUGGACAGGUGUAGCCUGUCCAACUUGGCUCAAAUGUUACUUCUUCUAUGGAACUUCAUCCACCUGGAAGUUUUUAGAACAUUUGAAAUUGUCCCACUACAUCAAGAAGUAAUCCAGGGUUUGAGUCAACUGAACUUUGACCCAUAAAUAUCUCCAUAUCAUUUUACUAAUUAUAAGUACAAAUAUAUUAUCUCUCUCUACAUAAAAAUGGGAGCUAGUGUGGUAUAAUAGUUAAAAGUGCAGGCUGGGACUCAGGUGAUCUGGGCUCUAGUCCCUACUCAGUCAUGAAGCCACCUGGGUGGCUUUGAGCAAGUCACAGACUCUCAGCCUAACCUACUUCACAGUGUUGUUGUGGGGAUAAGAUUGAGAGUAGCAGGAGGAGAAUUAUGUGAGCCACUUUAGAUUUUUAAAAAAUGGUGAGAUAUAACUCAAAUAAGACUGGUAGGUCAGUGAAGGCAAACUUUGCUCUUUUUUACAAUAGACCCUAAAAGAUUUAAGCUGAACUAAACCUUUGAUCUAAAUUUGCCAUAUAAUUUUCUUAGAAUGCCAUAGCUGGAAUUGAACAUAGAAAAGUAAAACAAACAAGAGACAGUGAAUCAGUGAACAAAUUUUUAGGCAGAGCCUGGUUUAUUGAUGUCUGGUCUAAAGAAACUAUUAAGGUUUCAAAUGGGACUGCACAUGUGAUGCAGUACUUCUGGUCCAUAAUAGUUUCUCUGUGUUUUUCAAAUGCAUGUCCUGCCAUCUUAAUUGGCCAACUACAGAAAUUUUGCCUAAUGCUGGCAAGAGGUUAUUCUCAAGCUUCUUUCUCUAGUCAUAUCAGUGCAUCGUAGUAAAGAACAGUAUUGGUUUUGGGCAGCCUUCCUCAAUUUGGUGCUGCUGAGAACAAUGAGAUUUGUAGCCCAACACAGCUGGAGGGCUCCAGGUUGGGAGAGGCUGGUUUAGUAUCUUAAUUCUACCUUUAAACAAUGGUCUGUAACUUAAAUCCAAAGCUGAAUACUAAGCUGCAGUAUAGCAGGUGAUGAUAACACUUAACAUUCUUUGGAUAGAGAAGUAUAAAUGCAUCAUCUCCACAUUAUUCCUAACUAGAUUGAUGUAUCACUCGGGAAGAACUAUUUUAAUGCUCAUGUUCGUAGCUAUAAAUUCUGCAGAAAAUCGGCACAUACAUUAAACUAGUCCACAUGGUUUUGUCUGUGUGCAGUUGGCACUGACCCAAAAACACUCUCAUGGCCUCAUUUCCUUACACUUGAAUUUGAGGUUGAUGUGUAUUAAACUUUACUUUUACUUAAGGCAAGCAUAGGCCUAUAUUUGGUGUGAUCCAGACAAGUACUCUUAAAUUGGAUUUUAAUUAGAGAAUCAAGAAUGUUCUUAAACCUUUCUCAUUCAAAUGAAAAGGACUUACAUUGCUUCACGAUGACUGGAUGAUGCCUCUUUUUCUGAGUAACGAAGUUUUUGUUUUAGUUGUGCAUUUCCCGCUCAAGGAUCUGCAGUUUAAAGCACUGUGAGGAAAAUGCCAGUAAAUCUAACCUUCCCCAGUCUUGUGAUUGAGUUGUGCAUGCUGUUCUCUGCUCAGACAUUCACACUAGGUUCUGUUCUUUGAAGCAUAAAAAGGACUCAAGCUAAGACUUGGCCCCUAUAUCCAUAUUAGACUUGGAAAAAUGCAUACCACUGUAUUUGGGCAAAUGGGAGGAACACUGUAGCUUGGGGAUGGAUUGGUACUGGCAAUCCAUUUCUGAUAUAACUUGAAAUAUCUGUCCUGGAUUCAAGAAGUAUGUGGGAUUAAGUAUCUUUAAACUUUAUGCACUCCUUAUUGCACUAUCAUGGACUCUGCUUUACUCAUGGCUUUAUACCCCACUGUUACCAUUACAUGUAAGAUCCUGGCAGCAGUGAAUCAGAUCAAGUGUAUUGGAAGGCCCCAUGCUCUACUCUACCUACACAGGGCAGUAUCACUGGCGCCAUGCCACUAGCCUAAAGGAGAUCAUGCUGGUAGAAAUUAGGUUCUGAACUGCCCAAGAACCGUAUCCACUGCAAGUUAUAUUGGUGCAAGUGGUUGCACAGUAGAAAGAUUUGGUGGCACUCCUGUAGUAAUAUUUGAGGAUACUUCCCAUGGUUUUGUACCACUCUAAUGCAUCUACUCAUGGGGGAAAUACGCAGAAUCAGAACAUUGGCACUAGUGCUAAUAACUCUAUUCGAAAAGAUGCCAGUAAUAUGUAAUAUAAUGCAUAGGUGUCUGUGUCUAGCACAGCCAAGAUGUUAUGCUGGCAGGCAGAAGCCACACACCAGUCAGCUAAAACCAGGACCAACAGCUAUGAAAUCCUAUUCACAAGCAAGCCAGGAAUACUUGGCCAGUGGAGUCAACAUUUCUGACAUAUUUUGAUUCAUAACCUGGAUGCUAGGGAAAAAGAGGUUAAUUUGGUAACAAAAUUACUGGAAUUACACUGACACACAUUCAUCAUAACAGUCAGAAUUAUACAGAACUGCAGUUCCUGAACUAAUUAGUAAAUGAAGCAGCUUGAACUACAUUUCAUUCUCAUGAUAGCAACUAUGAUACUUAAUUUGCUCUUUCCUUCAGAAGUCCACUAAAUAUGGUCCUGCAGCAAAGUUUUGCAGCAUGAGAUUAAAAUUUGCAUGCUGGUUCUAAGAUCUACAUGAAAAUUCUCAGUAUUUCUAUGUCCUUAAAUGUGUUAAAAAAGAAUUUAUCCAUGAACUAAUAUGUACAUGCAUGUUCAUCACCUGAACUGUGCAUAUGUACAUUGGAAAAGACUACUCUCUGAGUGAGGUAACAUAGGCAGAAUGAAAAUUCCAUCUGCAGCAUUUGAUCUAUGUGCCACUUGCAUGUGCAGUCCCAUUAGGUGAAGAACAUGCAUGUGUGAAUCUGCCAUAGGACUGGACCAGGGUCUGUCUACAUAAGUAAUAUACAGAGACCUACGUUUAACAAGAAAAUUCAAUUAGCUCUUCAGGUUUUAGAGAAUGUGGCCUAGUUUUGCAUUGUGAAUAAAUACUGCUAAACCAAUAUAGUUUUCCCCAUAAAAUGCCAAUAAUCCUAUAUCCUAGUAAAAAACAAACUGAACCAUCAAAAUGUAAUCAUAUUUCAAAAAAUAAUUCUGAAUUCAAAUAUGAACUUGCAGGGUAUUCUACAUGAAACAGAGGCAGGAAUUUCUUUACAAAUAUUUUUACAGUGCAUGAUUGGUAAUGAUCAGAGUAAAAUCCUGAGUUUUUGGAUUUUAUUGUUACUCUGUAAAUCAAAAAAUAGCUUCUGUCUCGUCUAAUAACUUACUUGGAAUGAAGCAAAUUAACUUGAGGUGAUAACCUUUGGUUUUCCAUGUGUGAAAAGCACAAGCCAGUGAUCUGUAUGUAAAUAAACUUCUAUGACAUGAAUGUAAACUUUAAGAGAAUAUACUAUUUUUGCAUGGAAUCCGACAACAUAAAAGAUGUGCUGAUGUCUCACUAAAGGUAUAGAUUUGUUUUAUUUAGAGAUGGCUGCUACAUUAGUUGCACAUUGUUUUCUCCCUGUUUUGUAUAAUGUAAACAAACCUGUGCUGAAAACAUGAUUUUGGUUGCUUUAUAGAAAUCACCCAAAUGAGGGUUGGAAUGGCCAACAUACUGUCACUAUUUAAGUACCAGCUUGUCCAGUGUA